AUGGUUACUUCUAUCUUCUUCUGGGUGCUCCUCAUCCGCAAGUACUAUUUCGUCGUUGAACCAUACCCGUACACAAGCCUGGAUGAAAGACCACCUCAGAUACAGGAGGACGACACCCAUCAUAUUUUCCGGAACAUAGAUCGAGGUCCGACAAGUCGCACACCUUUGUUCAUUCGGGCUUACAACUCUAUGAGUGACGAGUGCGUGGAAGAAUGGGUUGCGCAUCAUCAAUGGGGCCCCGCAUGCACUGGAACGGAUCUCAGCGCAGGACUCUCGAUUGACGGAGUGUGGGCUUGGGUAAAUGGCUCAGAUCCGUUGCAGAUAACGACACGACAACGCUAUAAGCCCGAUAAAGCCAUGAAGAUGGACGCUGCUCACAGAUAUGUUGAGCACAAUGAACUGCUCUACUCCAUGCGCUCCGCCCUCACAUCCCUAGGCGAGGAUACUAUGCAGAGACUGCACAUUCUUGCCAGCGCGUACCCUCACGCAAAUGGCAGUGAUGAAGUCAUGGCUGGGCAAAUUCCUUACUGGCUGGAAAACAACAAGGCACUCACCAAUAAAAGUCGCAUUGUGCUGCACCAUGACGCAGACUACUUCAAACUAAUCGAAAAGCCUGGAACCAAUUUUACAUCAUGGGAAAGAGGAGAAUGGAAGGAAGCCGCCAUUCCCACCUUCAAUUCACUCGCCGUGGAAUCACAAAUACAGAACAUUGAGGAUACAUCGUCUGACCAGCUUGUCUACUACAAUGACGACUUUUUCACGCUGCGAAAACUCUCCGUGUCCGACUUCACAACCCCCUUGUACGGACCGGUCAUCAAAACGCUCACGAGGUUGACGAGCAUGUACUUGCCAGCGAAAGAUACAUUUUGGCGAACCAUCAAUCCAGCAGGCGAAGAGCCGGGUAUCAAACGUGCUGCGUGGGUUCUUGGUAUGCGCUUCUCAUUACGCCCUUACUACUACAUCACCCACCAUCCUCGGACUCUUUGGCUUCCACUACUUCGAGAAGCUGCUCAGACCUUCCCUGAGGCCUUCACCGAUACCGCGCUGUCACGAUUCCGUGCGCAAGAAGAUGUUCCGGCAUCUGUUCAGGCCGUGUUCUUGGGAUCAUGGUAUGUUGUAGAAAGACACCGUGAAGCAUUGCUAUGGACAUGGACCAUAGCGAAAUGGGGAGGAAGAAGCGGUACACUGUCCUCAAAGCUCAAAGCUCGCAUGUGGAAUGAAUUGGCCAAUGAGGAAUCACCGUCAGCGUCUCGUCUGAGCAUUCCCAUGCCUGUCCGGGUCCCGGUGAAAGACCGCCAUGUUUUCCAAGCUGCAAACGUUAGCAUGCCUACUUCGACAGAGUACUCUUUCUCAAGCAAGGACGGAUAUGCGCUAGCAUAUGUUGACUCAACUUGGCCUUGGAACCGACCCAGGCAUGGCUACCCAGAUCUCACAAGAGGCCUUCUUGAGAACAACCAGACAGUCGACGGGUCCAAGCUCCUCAGAGACCCCAGCUUCAUCCCCGCUAGAGCAUGUGUGAUCAAGCGCUCAACCUGCUUUGAAUCCUAUACGCAGAACGAGACCGCCAACAACUUUUUCAAGCGCAUAGCUUUUGAGAGACCCGAAUGUGGCGAUUGCAUUAUCACUGCCCUAAUCGGUGCGAGUGGGAUAUCUGGUAUUGACAAGUUCUUGCCGCAUCACCAGGCUGACAGGGAUCCUGGACUUCAUGCAGACGCUCUCACCCUCCCUCCGCAUCUGCCUCUGACCUCCGACUGGGCGACAACGGACUUCUCCAUGAAAAACGCCAUACCAAAGGGCUCUCUCGAAACUGGCAUGACUCUUCGAACCUGGUGUACCCGACUCAUUCAGAGAUAUUCCUACGUCCUCGGCUCGGUCGAAAGCGACUUCUACAAGGUAGAAAGAGCCAACACAUUGGAGACCAAAUUGGACGAAGUGGAGCUCAAGGUAGAAGAGGAAGGACCGCUCGCAUUCUUGUGUCUCAAUGACGAUGUGAAGGAUACUGGCAAACUUCGCGACCGCAUCGACGAGCUAUUGAUGACCUUCUUUGACAGGAUGUGGCCUAGCAGGAUGAGCUUUGAGAAACAGGUCUGA